AUGACGGACACAUCAACCAGUAUAAAAUCAGUGUUGAUUUCUAAACUGUCCAUCAAACCUCCAGUAACUCAAGAUCCAAGAACAUUUGGCACUAAAACAAAAGGUAUCAUCUUGGUGUGUAUAGGACUAUGUGCUGGUACUGCUGGAUUUGCUAGUACCAUCUAUUUUCCAGGCAUACCGUACAUUACAGCUGAUUUGAAUGCACCGUCCAUUGCAACAACAUUGACAGCCGCACUGUUUAUCUUGAUGAUGGGUAUUGCCCCUGUAUUUUGGGCUGCCAUGUCUGAUAAUUGGCAGGUUCGGCGUAUUGUGCUCUUUGUUUCCAUGAUAAUCUUUGCCGCCUCCUCUUUGGGUUGUGCCUUGAUCAAUAAUAUCUGGGGUCUAGUGGUGCUGAGAUGUGUUCAAGCAGUUGGAUCCUCUUGCGGUCAAUCUGUAGGAGCAGGCGUCAUUUCAGAUUGCUACCCUAUAGAGCAGCGUGGAUCAGCAUUUGGAAAGUUCUUUUUGGGGUUGUUUUUAGGUCCACUGGUAGGCCCUAUUGUCGGCGGGUUUCUAAUCAUAAGUGCCUUAUCAUGGAGAGCUACCUUUUGGUUUUGUGUUGCAUUUGCUGGAGCCGUUGCUGCCGGUCUAUUUUUCUUCUUUCCCGAAACAUUUAGAGAUGAAUACAAAUGGAAUGACGACAAGACAGUAAUCACCCCGUACAGCGAACUGAAUCAACCAGCAACACAGGAUUUGAGCAAAGAGAAAACCACAGCAGAUCAGAGCGAAAUCGUCAUUGAAGAGGAACCCAGAAAGGGUGGUCAACAUCCCCUUGCAGCAUUUAUCUUGCUCAAACACCCCUUCAUCAUGAUUGCAUCUCUUGUGUCAGGCAUUGCUUUUGGAUGCAUGUUUGCAGUUGAAACAAUUAUCCCUGAUCUAUAUAAAGAAUACUACGGAUUUAAUUCGUGGCAAACAGGUCUAAGUUAUCUCGGUGCUGGCAUUGGCAACUUGCUUGGCUCCAUAUUAGGUGGCGCAUUGUCUGAUAGGUUGUUGCUUCGUUCUCGUCGUCUGCGUGGUGGUCAAGCAGUUUGUGAAGAUCGAUUAACGGCCAACAUAUGGCCUGCUUGUCUGUUCAUUCCAUUCGGUCUUUUACUAUUCGGCUGGAGCAUCGAAGGCGGCCUCACUUUCUGGGCGCCCAUAGUUGCUUUUGGUAUUCAAUCAUUUGGCAUGAAUCAAAUCAUGACGGCCACUUCAGCAUAUAUUGUCGAUGCCAAUCCUGGAUCAGGCGCUUCCGCUACAGCUUCUGCUAACCUUGUGCGUAUGGUUUUAGCUUGUGUCUUGACACUUAUUUCCAAUCCUUUGGUCUCAGCCCUUGGUGCUGGUUGGACAUGCGUGUUCCUGACUGGCUUAAGUGUUGUACUAUUCAUCUUGCUAGUGGCUCUCAAGAUUUGGGGCCAAAAAUUAAGAAACUGGAGUGGAUUUACAGAUUAA